AUGGCGAAUAAGGCGAAUUUACAGGCACUUGAUUUGCUGUUGCAAGAUAUAUGUGAAAAUACAACACUUUUUGGUGGUAAGCUUAUCAUUUUCGGUGGAGAUUUUAGGCAGGUUUUACCAGUUGUACCCCAAAAGUCCUUAAGACAGGCUGUUGAAUCGAGCAUUGUUGCUUCAUAUAUUAGAGCUCGUGAAGAUCCAACAUUUUGUGCGUUUUUGUUGUCUCUUGGUAAUGGUGAAUUACAAACAAAUGAGUGUGGAUAUGUAGAGCUUCCUGAUGGAAUGAUACAUCAUUUGGAGAUUAUAAAAGCUACUUUCCCAGAAGUUGAGAAAGGAACGAUUACAUCAGAUAUCUUUUCAGAUAGAGCAAUUUUAACUCCGAUGAAUGAUGAUGUGGAUAUGGUAAAUUCAGUUUUGAUUGAGCAGUUUCUAGGAAAUAAAGUGAUUUAUAAGAGUUUUGAUGCAAUGCUCAAUGAUACUUGCAAUAUAUAUCCAUCAGAGUUUGUAAAUAAGCUUUGUCCAGGAGGAAUGAGUCCCCAUGAGCUUGUUCUUAAAAAAGACUGUCCUGUGAUUUUGUUACGUAAUAUAAUGCCUUCGGAUGGUCUCUGUAAUGGGACGAGAUUGAUUUGCAAGAUUUUUCAGCCCAACGUUAUCGUCUGUGAAAUUUCUGUUGGUCAAUAUAAAGGAAAAACUGUGUUUUUGCAUCGAGCAACUUUACGCCCUCCAACAAAUAGCAGAUAUCCAUUCACUUUUGAAAGGAAAUAG